UCUAGAAUUGAAAUGCUGAGCGAAAUGGACUACUGCGUCUAAUACCCAAAGAUCCGGUGGACCGAGGCGAAUGGACCUAUUUCUCCCAUCAUUUACGCACAGAUUGCUUCGUUAUUUUGCGCACUGAUAGCGUUUAAAAUGCCUUUUCCGCCGAUAAACCUGCACUCACGGAUAUCAUCGCCUAGAAAGGAGCCGUUCGGGAAAAAGAAGAGCAGGGACAAUGUCGCGCCUCCUCAACCCACGUUCAGUCAAAGGACAGGAGACGACAAGGAAUCGGAGAAAGAUAAACUAUCCACAUCGUGGCCAUCGGCCAAUUUAAAGCAGCAGGGACGAAGCAAGCCGUCCAGAGUCCCUCCAGAUCCCGAGACGGACAGCAAACAUUCGUGGUUGAGCGUCCCCAAACCCUUGGCUACCUCAUGCGAAAGCGUCCCACGGUCUAGUUCUGGAGAGUCCAGCCAUAAAUACGCCUCCAGGAACUCUCUAGCGAAAGAAGUAGGCGAGCAAGAGAUCCACUUCUCCCUCAGCCUGACCCCCGAAGCCAUCCUGGUCAUCCAGAAGCGCAAUCUGGAAAAGCAGAUGAUGGCCAAGCAACAGAAGUGCUGCGCUUCCGCGGACUUGCGACAACGGCGGGUUUUCCCAUCCAAGAGAGCUCAGGGCAGCUCCAGUAAUAAGAGCUCCGGACCUGUUGCCAAACUAGACGGUUCCAAUGACAUUAGCACCAUUGUGAAGAUCUCCCUCCUCAACGACCAGUACAAAUAUGAUGAUGUGGAGUACGAGGAGGAGGAUGGAGACGUGGACGAGACUGUCGUGCGGAAAUGUAAAGAGUGGCUCAAAGGUGUGGAGAGUGCUGCUGCUUUUGGGAAAGUCGAGAAACUGUCAUCUUUGCCUCAUCUUAAAUGUUGAUAACCUGAACUACUUCGUUCCGCAAAGAAAGGCCCACUGUGAAGACUUCAGUUCAUGAGUCAGACACAAAAGUCACAUAAUAUGCUUUUAGAAAUGAUGUUGUCUAAAGGCUCAUUCAGACAGAACGCGUUCUUGCGUUGAAAAAAAACAGCUGUACGGAGCGCAACGUAUAGAAUAUAGUGAUGCCUUUGUAAAAGUUCAACUAUGUUUACUUGAACACACCGUCUUAAAACGCAAGGCAAGUGUACAUAGAGCAACAGUUAAAAAAAAAACUGCGCAAACGAAAAGAACAUGUCCUGUGGGGCGCGCUCUUGUGUUCGCAAUCACCUGAAAAGCGCAGCAAUGGACUAUUUUGAACGUGACUGUGCGACUUAAAAUCUUGGCACUACGCACAAGGCACUGAAAAAAAUUCAAAUGCGUCGCAAUGUUUACAUACACCAACAAUUAGACCAAAACUGAUAAGGUUUAAUGAAAGAAGGCGUGUGUGAACGCUCCGCCGAGUUAUUAGAAUGGAAGAGAACGCAGAGGCGUUUUAUAACUUGAA